AUGCCGUCCCAGAAGACUUUCCGCACCAAGGUCAAGCUCGCCAAGGCGCAGAAGCAGAACCGUCAACGCGUUGUCGACCGAUCGAGCCGCCACUCAGUCGACAAGCCUAGCCGUGCUUCACCAAUUCGCAACACUCGUCGCAUCAUCGCCUUCGCAUCGCCCUCGCCAGCACAGCGGUUAACGCGUUGUUCAUACGCUUCGCUCUACACGCUAGCAGCGCGCAGGAUGCUCGCCACGAAGCCGUCGAUCGCACUGCGUCCAAUGCUCGCCUCUCUCGCUUCCGUACUCUGCAUCGAUGCGAUCGAUCGUCUAGCAUCCUUGCGUCGCACGUUGGAUCCCAAACCUUUUUCAUCGGUCUCCGCUCGCGUCCGCCCCAACAUCGCACAUGCGCAUCUCCUGGACAAACUCGCCCAUCUGAACCCGACAUCGCAUGCUAGAGCGAACCCUGCAUCACCACUGCUGCCACCGCCACCACCGCCACCACUGCUACCACUGCUACCACUGCCACCACUGCUACCAUUGCUGCUAUUGCUGCUAUUGCUGCUGGCCGACAACAAGAUCCAGUACAACGCCAAGCGCCGCCACUGGCGCCGCACCAAGCUCAACAUCUAA